AUGCCCAUUAUGGCCAAGGAUUUCAUCGGGGUGCGCACGCGCCCGUGGGGCAAGUUCGCGGCCGAGAUCCGGGACUCGACGCGGAACGGCGCCCGCGUGUGGCUCGGCACCUUCGGCAGCCCGGAGGCGGCCGCCAUGGCCUACGACCAGGCCGCCUUCUCCGCGCGCGGUGACGCCGCAGUGCUCAACUUCCCCGUCGAGCGCGUCCGGGAGUCGCUCCGCGCGCUCGCGCUCGGCGCCGUCGUGGGCUCGCCCGUGCUCGAGCUCAAGCGCCGCCACCGCAUGCGCAGGCGGUCGCCCGAUAAGAAGCCUGUGAAGCAGCCCCGGGUCGCCGCCGUGAAGGAGGACGCACGGCCGGCAACGGCGGGCGUGGUGGUGCUGGAGGACCUGGGCGCCGAGUACCUGGAGGAGCUCCUCUGGGUGUCCGAGCCGCCCAUGGAUCAUUUCCAUACAACGGCGACGUCGUCGUUCUGA